CGAUUAGCCUAGCUACGAUGCCGUACGUGUGGGAUACAUUUGACACGUACCAAUUGAGGCAAGCGGAUCUGGAGAGUUACCUUAGGACGAAGUUUGGGCCUUGGGACUUCUAUAUUCGCGUAUGUGGACCGAAGGACCUCUGCCCAGUUCCGAUGGCUGAGACACUCCUCUGCAGGUAGCCAAUGGAUCAUAUCAAUUUUGGGUUCCUCAGAAACUGAACCAAAAAGAAAGAGACGAGGUUGCUGCUUUGCGCGUCGAAGAUGACUGAUGGUGGACGUCAAGAAGGCGGUGCCAGCC